AUGCAACUGUCUUUCGCUUUGGCCCUUGUAGGCGCUGGUGCGGUCGCAGUCUCCGCGCAGAGUGAGUUUCUGGAGGGUUCACCAUUAGAUUGGUCUGGCCAAGGCCAAAAGUUGCAAAGCGCGUGAAAGGAAUGAGGAGGCGAGGUGCUGGUGAGAUCCAUGACCAGUGGACGCAUCCGAGCAUCGUUGCACAUGGCGGCAUUUCGCACAAGAGUCUUGUUGGUGCGAUGGAGACAAUCUGCGGUCAGAAGUUGCGUCCUCGCAAGAUCGCGCUUGCGAUUCAUCCCAUGUCGAAUGCCACGCAAGGUAUGCCUACCUUACGUUUGCCGGCUCUACGCUUACCCAUCGUUGCCCACUCCUCCCACUUCUUCUUCUCUAGACUUGACUACCUACUCGAUGCUGGCGCCAGCCACCACACCACGAAUCCUGUCCACCGACACUGCUUUCACACCACCUGUCACCUCCUCGGCAUCUGGCACUAUCCCCACGCCACAAGCGACGGUCAAGUCGUUUGACUGGAGCUCGGCUGCAUCAGCAGCCGCCACCUCGGCUGCAAACCGAACCGCAUCCUCCAACUUCACCCUGCCAUCUGCUACGGCUACUGCACCUUGGGUGGCCAAUCUUGUGGUCCAGCAAUCCAAUCCUUACGUUUUCCAACAGCUCGACACGACUGACCUUCCCACUCUCAACUGGAACCUGGCCAACGAGACGGUGAUCAACCGUGAAGCUAUUUGCGCGCAGCAGACCAAGUUCUGUGCCACCGCUGGAUGCGCAGAGGAAGGUGCGGUGAUCAAGGAGAACUUCUGCGACGUGCAGAAUCUCGGUACUCGCUGCACUUGCGACAAGGGAGCCACCAACCUGUCCCAGUACAAGUGGCCCGUCCAAUUUGCGGACUGUCUUAACAGAGCGACUGCUUGCGGCGAUGCUUGCGCAUUGCCCGGCGGAACGACGGCGGCGAGGACAGCGUGCAAGAAGGCUUGCCAGAGCAACUUCCGCGAGACUUGCGGUCUGCCAGGACAGUACAGCGCCAACUACGCCGUCAACAAGCAGGGAGACAAGCCCAACCUCAAGAUGAUUCAAGGUGGAUCGGCUGGCGACUCUGCCAAUGCCGUCCGUACCAGCGUCGCCACAUUGUUCGCAGCUGCCGCCGUCGUCGCUGUCGUGCUGGCAGCAUAA